AUGUAUAAGGAGGAGAGCAUUACGUUCGACAGUGGUUGGAAGAGGUUGAAGCUGGAGUUUAUAGACAAAAUCGAGAGAAACCUGGAAACAUAUGACCUAAACAACAACGACGACAGACUAAUAAAGCUGAAACCGAAUGAAUACAUCACAUAUUACAAACUCGUGUAUGAUAUGUGUACACAGAAAGAUUCCAACUACUCGGAAAUGCUGUACAACCACCUGGGACAGUCACUGGGCGAAUUCAUUAAAAACAAGGUUAAAAACGUUAUUUUAGAAAGAUGUGAAGACGAGGAUGAACUGGUUCAGCUGAUAUACCAGUACUGGGUCAAAUAUAAGUCGUACAUAAACAUAUUGAAGGGGAUAUUCUCGUACUUGGACCGAUUUUACGUUCCCUUGGCACUGCAGCCGACAGUAUACGAAUACGCAAUGGCGAUAUUCCAGAAACACAUAUUGAAGCAACUGAAACGUAAAUUGACUGAAUCCCUGCAGGUGUUUGACCCUUACAAGGAAAACAUAAGGAAGUAUUUGUUGGAUUCGUUGGACGCGAAGAGGAGGGGCGACGACCUAAACAACUCGCACGUGUCGGCAAUAGUUGAGAUGUACAACAAGCUUGAUUCGACCGUAGGACUGCAGUACAAGGAGGACCUCGAGCCGCAAAUCCUGGAGAGAUGCAGCAACUACUACAAGAAGAUAGCUCCAAUAUGGAUAAAUGAUCUAUCACUGCUGGACUACAUGUACAUAAUACAGUACUGCAUUGAUGACGAGUUGGAUUACUGCAACAAGUACCUAAACAAGAAUACAAACGAAUCAAUAUACAAUACGAUACUGACGAGCUUACUCUACAACCAGCAGGAUAAAAUAAACAGUAAACUAAAGGAGUUGAAUACACUUUUUGACACAUAUCAAACUAAUGAUCUGAAACUGAUAUACAAGUUAACACACAAGUUAAACAACAUAAAUGAGCGAAUAGCAAACUCGCUGAAGGAGUAUAUACUAGGUAACAUAAAGGAGAACGACAGUGAUCACAUGAUUAAGUUUUAUAACAAGUAUUUGUAUUUGAUUCAAUUCUCAUUCGAUAACAACAAUUAUAUUUUAAACGUGUACCAUAGCAUUUUUAAAAGUUAUGUUAACAGUUCCCAGUUUACAAGUCAACUUCUGUCACUCUUUCAUGACUACAUUAUCUCAAAAAGCUCUGAAGAAGGUGAAGACGAAGGAUUAGAGGAGUCUGGUAGUAAUGCCAACACCAAUGGCAGCAACGCUGAAGAAAAUAACAAAGGCCAUCGAGUGGAUGACUAUGUAAACGUAUACAACCUACUGGACGAUAAGAAUGAUUUCCUGAAUAUCUAUAAAAUGAAUAUGUGCUACAGACUCUUGACAGGUAAAAGUCACAUUGAUCAGGAGACCAGGGUAUUAAAUAAGCUCUCGCACGAUGAGCCUAACAUUAAUCACCUGUAUAAGAUGUUAGAUGACAUAAAGAAGUCCAACAAAUUAUACUGGAACUACGUAUCAAACAAAGGCUCUGAUAUGGACAUUGAUACCAAUCAGCAGUUAGGGAGCAUGGGCGAUGAACAGGGCGUCACCCUAGUAAAGCAUAACAAAUUCAUUGCCAUAUGCAGCGUGUAUUGGCCAAUAUCGCCAAGUGGAUUCGAGGAUGUGAGGGCGAAUGAGAUAUUUUUAAACGACUUGAACGAGUACCAGCAGUACUAUAAGCAAAAUAACAAGUUUAAAAGGUUUCAGUACCUGCACGACUAUAGCCCCGUGGAGAUGGUUUAUGAAUACAGGGAUCACUCCAGCAACGACAACACGUCACCUGAUGCGAAAAUGCCUGAAAGGAAAAUAACGUGUAAUAUACUACAGGCAACUCUGAUAUUGAUGUUCAACAAGGUCGAUUCUAUUAAAACGGAUCUGGUACUUUCGGAAAUGAACAUUAAGUACGAGCAGCUGAUAAGGAUUGUUGAGUCGUGCCAGGAAUUUUUUAAUUACGACAACGACGAACUAAGUGUUAAUUACGAGCACCUCUACAGAAACAGGGAACUUAACCUAAUAAAUAACAUAUACAAGCCUCUACUGACAACAGGGAACCGCGGAAAGGUUAAACACAGGGAAACUCUGCUGGAAAACUACAACUUAAUCGAUUCCGUGAUCGUCAAGAUCAUGAAGAAGUACAAAAAGUUAAACCAGAGUAACCUUUUGAACAUCCUGGACACCAACUUCAGAAAUUUACACGUCAGUGUAAACUACACUGAGCAGGUGAGUUAG